AUGCCUAGAUCUUUCUACUCGGAUGACGAGGAAGUACUUCCUACGCCAGGAAGAAAUGAGCCUAUAGACCCAAGGCUUGAGAACUCUGAAUCACCUGAUUUGCACAACUUGACUUUUCUUCAUGGAAUGGCCAUUCGUACGUCUCCACUACUGGAAAAGUACUCCAGCAAAGCACGCCAGCUGUUGUUGGAAAAGUACACUCUGAUCGACGCUGAAUUAGCUACUCAGAAAUCUGCAUUGAAAAACGAAUGGAGUAUAGUUAAAGACAAGUACAAUUCGAUAGUGGUGGAACCAUUGUUACCCAGUGUCAUAGGUAUAUUAACUGCUGUCUUGGCCACGGGAGUGGCCGUUUCUAAGAGAGGUAUUGUUGUGAGAACUUUUGUACCAGCUAUUGCUGGUGCUCUUGUAUAUCGCCAGACCAUGCCAUUAAGCUACCAAAAUUCGGUCAAUUUUUUAGUAGAGCAAGAAUCUCGUGUACCAGAAGUCCACGAAGCUCGCACUGAGGCAGUUAAGCAACUGCACUCCUUACAAGAGGAAGUGUCAAAAGCGUCGGCAGAGGGUAAUGCUGCUCUAACUCGGCAAAUCCAUUCCUUGAGAGCCUCUAUUGAAGAAUUAUUCAAAUGA